AAAAAUCUCAUCACCCAAAGAAGAGAAAAAAAUGAAGAUUACUUCUGCAACUUCAAGCUUUCCCUUGCUUCUCCAAUCCAUUGCUUCGUCUGUUCUUCUCCUUCUCCUCUAUUCAUCAGUUUCAUCUGCAUAUUCUUCUCACCAAGCUCAUGACAACUUCAUCCAAUGCCUUUCCUCUUCAGCAGGCAACCCAGCCUCUAUUUCCAAACUCAUCUACACCCCACACAACUCCUCCUUCUUCCCUAUCUUGCAGAACACAGUCGAAAAUCUCCGCUUCGUGAUGCCAUCGACCCCGAAGCCACUCCUCCUUCUCACCCCCUCGCAAGAAUCCCAUGUCCAAGCUGCUAUCCUUUGCUCCCAAAAACACGGCCUCCAAAUCCGAGUCCGGAGCGGCGGACAUGACUACGAGGGCCUUUCGUAUGUCGCCGACGUCCCUUUCGUCGUCAUCGACCUUGUAAACCUUCGGUCGAUACAGGUCGAUGUCGAGAGCAGCACCGCAUGGGUUCAAGCGGGUGCAACAAUAGGAGAACUAUACUACACUAUAGCUGAAAAGAGUAAAACCCUAGCUUUCCCGGCCGGCACGUGUCCCACCGUGGGAGUCGGCGGGCACAUAAGCGGGGGAGGCUGGGGUGUGCUGUUCCGAAAACACGGCCUUGCGGCCGAUAAUGUGCUUGAUGCUCGUGUAGUUGACGCUAACGGUAGGGUCCUCGACAGAGAAGCCAUGGGCGAGGACAUGUUUUGGGCCAUUAGAGGAGGAGGCGGAGGCAGCUUCGGAGUCAUCCUUGCUUGGAAAAUAAAGCUAGUCCAAGUUCCACCUAUUGUCACCAUAUGCUCACUCAAUCGAUCAUUAGAAGAAAAUGCAACCAAGCUUGUGUAUCAAUGGCAGCAUGUGGCAGACAAGUUUCCUGAAGAAUUGUUCUCUAGGGUUAGCAUAAGAGUGGUGAAUUCUACACAAGAAGAUGAUAAACAAAAGAUGAUAAGAGUCACAUUCACAUUUUUGCACCUUGGAAGAGUCAAUGAGCUCAUUCCAAUAAUGCAACAGAGUUUCCCUGAUGUGGGUUUGGUGAAAGAUGAUUGCACUGAGAGAAGCUGGAUUGAAUCAACCCUCUUCGGCCCGGGGAUCCCGAGCAACGCAUCAGUCGAGUUCUUGCUAAACCGAACUCCGUUGGAUCGAGGGUUUAUCAAGACAAAGUCAGACUACGUGAACAAACCGAUCCCGGAGACUGCCUGGAAGGGGAUAUGGAAAUGGUUUCUUCAACCAGGAUUAGAGGUGCCAGCCAUGUUCCUGACUGGUUUCGGCGGAAGAAUGAGUGAGAUUCCGGAAUCCGAAACUCCUUUUCCGCAUCGAGCCGGGACCUUAUACCAGGUUCAGUACUUGGUAACUUGGGAAGAAGAAGGGCUCGCGGCAUCGAAGCGGCAUAUGGAUUGGAUCAGAGGCUUUUACAGUUUCAUGGCUCAGUAUGUUUCGAAAUCGCCAAGAGCUGCGUAUGUGAACUACAGGGAUCUUGACUUGGGAAGGAACAACGAAGCGUACACCAGCUAUAAGAGAGCAAGCGUUUGGGGGAGUAAAUAUUUCAUGAGCAACUUUAAGAGAUUGGCUGAGGUGAAGACAAGGGUUGAUCCGGGGAACUUCUUUAGGAACGAACAAAGUAUUCCAUCUCUCUCUUCAUGGAGAAAGAAGUUUGGUGAUUGAUUAAUUAGAGCUGGCCCGGGAAAGGAAAAGAGUUAGUUUUUGGACUGUCAAAUUAAUCUUUAUGUGUGCUUGACAAGGUAUGAGCAUGAAUCAAUAAAGGUGACAUAAGUCGAAUACAUGCAUGCAUACGUGUUUAUUUGAUUUCUGUAUAGUUUGUUCUGCCAAAUAGUGUUGGCUUAAUUUCUAAGUUUCCAUAUAGUUAAAUUGUUGGAUGAUUCAUUGUUUGAUAAAGUUAAUAAAGUUCAAUUGCUUUCUAAUUUAA